AUGUUCUCCUACUACAAAAACUCUCAAAAGACUACUUCACAAUCUUCUUUAGGUGAAACAUCGCGUAUCAAUACCGUUGCUCAUACAGUCAGACCCACACUUCAGCAAAAUACAACUACCAAAAGCGUAUUAAACCUUGUUAAAGAAAAACAACUGGAUUUCUCCUUUUGUGCAUUGGCCAUGAUGCGAAAGAUUGUAGAAGCAGUAUUUGUGAACCCUCAUUUAAACAAGAAUAUGUUACAACAGAACAACUUUUAA